AUGUCAAGGUCAGCUUCGCCGGGCUUGCCGGUGUAUAACACCGAUUCAACAUCAACUCUACAAGUCCCCGGGCUCGCUCGCCCAUCAGGCCUGUCCUCAUCGAUAACGGCGACCUACUCCUUUCUGAGCCCCGACCAGACGGCAGAACGUGUGCAGACGUCGCUUGCGAGUGGCAUAUCGGCAUCGGAAGCACGAAGUCGCCUUUCGCAGGAUGGGCCAAAUGAGCUGCCUCAUGAAGAAGAAGAGCCGCUUUGGUUGAGAUUCCUCAAACAAUUCAAGGAAACAUUGAUUCUUCUCCUGCUCUGCUCGGCCGCAGUCUCGCUCUUCAUCGGUAACAGGGACGACGCCGUGAGUAUCACGCUUGCAGUCACGAUAGUUGUUACAGUGGGCUUCGUCCAAGAGUACAGGUCUGAGAAGAGCCUCGAGGCGCUGAAUAAGCUUGUACCGCAUUCAGCGCAUGUUCGGCGCGCAGCUGGUCAAAGGGCUAAAGAAAGCAGAGCCGAAACUGAGCAUCUAUCGAAUGGCUCAGCCGGGGCGGCCGUCCAGCAAGGCUCCUCUAGCAUCCUUGCAUCGCAGCUGGUGGUCGGAGAUCUUGUUCUCUUUUCCACCGGUGAUCGCAUUCCAGCCGAUAUACGUAUCACAAAAGCUGCAGACCUUACAAUCGAUGAGUCGAACCUUACGGGCGAGAAUGAGCCGGUCGAAAAGGACUCCCACGUCCUUCAGGCCGAACAGAAACCAGAAACCAGACCAGCUUCACCAAUGUUCUCCUCGGACGCGGCGGGCACUGUUGGGACUGAUGUGCGUCUCAACCAGCAGCACAAUAUAGCUUUCAUGGGCACCUUGGUCAGAUCGGGCUAUGGUGAAGGCAUCGUCAUCGCGACUGGAGGGAAAACCGAGUUCGGUGCAAUCUCGCUAUCCUUACAAGAGAUCGAGGCCCCCCGAACACCCCUUCAACAUUCGAUGGACCUCCUAGGCAAACAGCUAAGCUACAUCUCGUUCGGCAUCAUUGGUGUCAUCAUGCUCAUUGGGCUGCUGCAAGGCAAGCGAGUUCUGGACCUGUUCACAAUUGGUGUCUCCUUGGCUGUUGCGGCCAUUCCUGAAGGCCUCCCAAUCAUUGUGACCGUGACCCUGGCCCUCGGUGUUCUGCGAAUGGCCAAGCGUGGUGCCAUUGUCCGGAAGCUACCUAGUGUUGAGACACUGGGGUCUGUCAACGUGGUAUGCAGUGACAAGACUGGCACACUCACCAUGAAUCAUAUGACCGUGACUAAAAUAUGGCACUUCGAUGCAGGGCAGCCGUUUGCCAUUGAAACGACAGCGGACCCCAGUGCAGCUGUCAGGACCAUUCUUCGGGUCGGCAAUAUCGCAAACAACGCGAAGAUGUGCACGACCAGUUCAGACACUCCGGCUGUCGCCUCUGCUGCAGCAGUACUUUCCUCGACUAGAGAUCCGAGUGCGGCAAGUGCAAAGAGCCGGUGGGUAGGGCAACCUACUGAUGUAGCCGUGCUUGACUUGAUGGAUAUCUUUGGCGCAGACGAUGUCCGUCCGCAACUUGCACCAAGAUCGAGCGAAACUCCUUUCAGCUCCGAGCGGAAAUGGAUGGGUGUCAUCAUUCCCAACUCACUCGGUGAGGUAGCCAAUACAUACGGAGCAAGCGAAACUGCUUAUAUCAAGGGUGCGCUAGAACGCAUCUUGAGUCGAUGCGAUACCUAUCUUACCAAAGAAGGUAGAGAGGUCAUACUAGACGAAGCCCGUCGCCAAGAAGCUACAGUUGCCGCCCGAGCCAUGGCGGAAGAAGGACUCCGCGUGAUCGGCUUCGCCAGCGGCACCGUGAGAAAGCCAAUGAGUCGGAGUUCGACGCCAGGGGUUGGCGGAGCAUCCUUGUCACGGUCCGCCCAAACGAAGCUGGACGAGGACAGUUUCCAAGGCCUCUGCUUUUCCGGCAUUGUUGGUAUGAGUGAUCCGCCUCGAAAAGAUGUCCACAGGUCAAUCCGAAGGCUCAUGAUGGGUGGUGUCAAGGUCAUUAUGAUUACUGGCGAUGCUGAGACGACCGCCGUCGCCAUCGCUCGGAAGCUUGGGAUGGGAAUUCAUUCGAGUGGAUCCGAUGCUCGCUCUGUCCUGCGGGGGGACGAACUCGACAAGAUGUCCGAGCACGAGCUGAGCGAAGCCAUCUCCAGCACAACGAUAUUCGCCAGGACUAGCCCUGACCAUAAGAUGAAGAUUGUGCGUGCACUCCAAGCACGAGGCGAUGUUGUGGCAAUGACCGGCGAUGGCGUCAACGACGCCCCUGCCCUCAAGAAAGCCGACAUUGGCGUCGCCAUGGGCCUGCUCGGCACGGAUGUAGCGAAAGAAGCUGCCGAUAUGAUCCUUACCGACGACGAUUUCUCUACCAUCCUGCGCGCCAUUGAGCAAGGUAAGGGGAUUUUCUACAACAUUCAAAACUUCAUCACUUUCCAGCUCUCCACCAGCGUUGCGGCCCUCAGCUUGGUCUUGCUCUCCUCACUCUUCAACUUCCGCAACCCUCUCAAUGCGAUGCAAAUCUUGUGGAUCAAUAUCCUCAUGGACGGUCCACCUGCACAAUCCCUGGGGGUCGAGCCGGUAGACCCACGCGUCAUGACUCAACCACCGCGGCCCCGCAAUGCCAAUGUCCUGACACCGCGCUUAAUCAGGCGUGUUCUCACUCAGGCAGCGGUGAUCAUGCUCGGUACGUUCUUCAUGUAUAUCCACGAAAUGGGCGAAGACGGCCAGCUGCUCUCAACGGCGGCUUCUGGACUUGCUGCGCGCUCUGAUAGCCAUUCUGUGACCUCGCGAGUUGUCACCAAACGCGAUACAACCAUGACAUUCACGACCUUCGUGCUCUUUGACAUGUUCAACGCACUGACCUGUCGGUCCGAAUCCAAGUCUGUCCUGCUCGGUGAACUCAAGUUCUUCUCCAACAAGAUGUUCAACUACGCUGUCGCGGGGUCUCUUUUCGGGCAGUUAUGUGUCAUCUACAUGCCAUUCCUGCAGCGCGUGUUUCAAACAGAGGCAGUCGGGGUGUGGGACUUGAUUCGUCUGAUCGGGCUCACGAGCAGUGUAUUCUGGGUCGACGAAGUGCGGAAAGUGUGGGCGAAGAAGGGUGGACGUUGGGCUGGUAGGUUAGGUUUGGGGGCAGGUUGGAGAGGCAUGCGCAUCAAUGGUUAUUCAGUCAAUGUUUAG